AUGCCUCUCUCCAUCAACCAGCCCAGCAACACAUCGAGUCCCUUGUCCUCUACCAAUUCGAGGGAGGAGGACGCGCAUACAUGCAGAGACAUCGACCUACGCUGCGCGGUCACCGGUCAAGGCGAUGCGACUCUGCUGAAACGCACCCAGAUCAUCCCAUUCGAUACACCUCGCGAACAGCUCGACAAACUUGAGUUCUCGUGGGGCGUCGAGCGCAACUCAAUCGAUGUCGACAUCCCACGAAUAUCAUUGCACUCGAGACCAGCCUUGGUUUUGUUUGGUACCAAUGGCGACCAGCCAACCGGAUGGUUUUUAAUACCCACAGACCUGAACCUCUUGGGGAAAGUAUCCACAUACUCGGAGACAACGGACAAGAAAGGCGACAUCAAUGAAUGCUACGAUGGCGCCGCACAGUUCAAAUAUUCUCUGGUCGCAUUUCCAUCCAUGCAGGAAUGCUCGUACGUCGUCAAGUACACAGGCGACGUUUCCUCCGAGGGGCGGCUUCGGUCGAACUGUGAUGUCCAGCGCUUCCAAUACCCAUUCACCGAUUUCGGCCCCAUCUAUCUCCCAGUUCCCUACCACUAUAUCAUCGUCCACACCGGCGCGAAAUUGCUGCGCGUAUAUCCAAAGGGACUCACCCACUACGGAGAUUUCCUGCCGUACGACGCUUUUGACGUCAUCGCCAUCAUCAACACAGCGAUGAUCUAUGAGAACUGGAUGGAGACAACUAUGAGUGAUGACAAGGACGAGGAUGAUGAGGAGUACGACGAGGACGAUGAGGAGUAG